AUGAUCUCUAAUGCGGGUUUCGAUCUUCCAGCCCUUCGUCUCUCUACCAUGGUGCGCAACGCUGAGGACCAGAGCACGGUGAUUCGGAUAGGAAACUAUCAAUACAUACACGUGUUAAAUCAUAAUACAAAUGUCACGCGGUUGAUUCUUGGCCCCCGUACAUAUGUUUGCUUGCAGGAUGAAAAAAUUGUUCUCGAACCCAAGGAUAUGAUAAGCGUGCCUCCAAUGCAUUACUGUGUUAUAGAAAAUCCAAUCAUGAGGAAUGAACCAGGCGAACCAGUGUUGGACAUAAGUGGCCAAGUAAAACUACGUCUUGGCGACACAGAGUGUCGGUUUCAUCAAGAUCCUUUUCCACUUUAUCCUGGCGAAACACUCAAGAAAAGUGUUAAAAAGUUACCAGUGGUUAUGACCAAUGAAGCCUUUUGCCUCGAAGCCUUAAUGGAUUUUGUGGACGAGGACGGAGUACAUCGAGUCGCCGGCCAGAAAUGGUUGUUCGAGGGUCCCGGUUAG